AUGAAUCCUCUCGAGCAAUCAGUUAAGGAUCUGCAAGUACAUAAUGCUGAGUUCCAAGCCAUGAUCUUGAAUCUGGCUAAAGGGCAAGAAGAGCUGAAGACACUCCUUACUAAGAAUGAGAGGAAGACUAAGAAGCCUGUGGGUGUUUUCAACAUGGGAAGAAGGUUCCGAGGCCCUCUCAAAAAGGUCAAGGAUGUCGAAAUCCUAGAAGAGCCUGAACAAGAUGACCAGAAGAGCAAUGGUUCUGUCAAGCAAGAUGAAGAAGAAGGAGAGUACUACGAUGACGAAGAGUAUCCGGAGGAUAAGUACAGACAGUUAGAGGAACGAAUGAGGGCUGUAGAAAUCCAGAAAAUCCCAGGGCUAGACUUUGAGGAACUAGGGCUCAUCUCAGGAGUCGUGAUCCCUCCAAAGUUCAAAACUCCGACCUUUGCAAAAUACGAUGGAGUCUCUUGUCCCAAGCUGCACCUAAAAUCAUACGUGAGGAAGAUCCAACCUCACACUACCGACAAGAUGUUGUGGGCUCACUUGUUCCAAGAGAGUUUGACAGGAACUCAACUCGAAUGUUAUUUGCUGGGAAGCUCAUCAGCUGGUUUUACUGACUUGAUAUUGACUGGAGAGCGGGUUGAAAGUGGCAUCCGAAGUGGGAAAAUUCAGGUGGAUACCUCUUCUGGUGUUACGAAGAAGCCUUAUAGUGGAAAGACUGAAGCUAAUGCUGUGCACAGCCAGAGGGGUCGCAACAGAAAUGACAGUGGCCAUUUUGUCGGGGCUGUCUUAAUCUCUACACCAACACCUCGACAAAAUCAACAACAGGGAUACCAGCGUAGACAAGACGCGCCUAGAAGAAACUUUACAAAGAUCAAUAUGUCUUUGAAUCAAGCAUGGCAACACUUGCUGAAGGCAAAGUUACUUGCGCCAAUAGCUCCGCCAAACAUCAAUACAUCUUCUCCUCGCUAUGAUCCUAACGCGAGAUGUGCUUACCAUUCUGACUGCCAUGACAAAGCUGUCAAUGCUGUUGACAAAGAAUCUUAUGUUACGAACGUGAUGAGUCUGACUACUCCACUCCCUCUUAUCAAGAAGAAGCUGUUGCAAGCCGGUUUAUUUCCGGGUUGCAUUGAAGACUGUUAUUACUGCUCGUCUCAAUUAAAUGGUUGUACAAGGUUGAAGAUUGGUAUUCAAUGCCUGAUGGAUAAUCGAAAGAUCAUGUUUGAAAAAGUGCCUUCUGUGGAAAAAUUAUGUGAAGAUCUAGCCCAGAACUUGAAAAUUGAAGACGUGUCCGUAAUUUCCAAGACUCCUAUCAGAAUUCCUACUAAGGGCCCCAUAAGGAUCACUGCUGAGCCCAAGGUAGCUCCCUUGAUCAUUACCAAGCCUGGUCCGAUCCCGUACUCCUCUGACAAAGCUGUCCCUUGGAGCUAUGGUAAUGAUGUGUAUAUCCAUGGUGUGAAACAAGAAGCUUUGAAUGAUGAGCCUGUCAAAGUUCCUAGUCCCGACGUCGACAAUAUUGUAGGGACCAGUAAGGUUACAAGAAGUGGAAGAAUUUUCUCUCCGGAAAUAUCUCCUGAUGCCAAUAUCUCAGCCCAGGUCCCUGUUCCCGAUUCAACUGCUGAUGUGCGGGGGAAAAGGCCAAUGCUGGAGCCAGUUCAGACACCAGUAGAAGCUACUGCUGAAGAAGUCUCUCAGAAGGAAAUGGAUGAAAUUUUGAAGAUCAUCCGGAAGAGUGAUUACGAUGUGAUCGAACAGUUGGGGCACACUUCCUCCAAGAUAUCCAUGCUAUCAUUGUUAACCUGUUCUGAGGCCCAUGCUAAGGCUUUGAUGAAGUUUCUAAAAGCGGCGCACGUACCACAAGAGAUUUCUGUUAAUCAAUUUGAGAACUGUGUUGCAAGUUUGACAACGAACAAUUACCUGGGGUUUUCUGAUGCUGAUCUGACUCCUGCUGGAAAGAGUCAUAACAAAGCCUUGCACAUCUCCAUUGAGUGUAAGGGUACUACUUUGUCCCAUGUGCUGGUGGAUAAUGGCUCCUCGCUGAAUGUAUUGCCUAAAUUGGUGCUGGAUAGACUUGAUUCUGAAGGGAUAGUGCUAAUGCCCAGUAAUGUGGUGGUAAAGGCUUUCGAUGGGUCGAAGAGUAUAGUCUAUGGAGAGGUUGAGCUCCCAAUCAGAGUGGGUUCUCAAACUUUCAACUCCUUGUUCUAUGUGAUGGAUAUCCACCCCGCCUAUUCUUGCUUGCUCGGGCGUCCGUGGAUACAUGGGGCAGGUGCUGUGACAUCUACUUUGCAUCAGAAGCUGAAGUACCUUGCAAAUGGCAAGAUCGUCACUGUGCAUGGGGAAGAAGAGUAUGUGGUUAGCUGUGUGAAAGAGUACAAGUAUAUCGAAGUGAACGGCGAAUUCAUCGAGACUCCUUGCCAGACUUUUGAAUUGGUUCCUCAAGUUGUCUCUACCGCCAAGCACACUCCUACUGUUCCUAAAGUUACCCGGAUCCCUUCAACAAUGGCUUCUCUGAAGGAUGCUAAGGCUGUAGUUGAAGAAGGUGGUUGUACUGUUUGGGGCCAACUCAUUGAUGUCCCGUAUAAAUCUGACAAACUUGGUUUAGGUUGUACUGCUGGAACUCAGAAGAAUAAUCAUCACACCCGGCUUGGAGGAUUAAUGUCUCAUUUCGUCAGCAAAGGAGUCAAUGCCUUGGAAGAUGGGGAGAGCAACUGCAAUCUAGACAAGUGGAUCUUCCCGACACCUGAUCAUAGGCUGAACAACUGGAAGACCGAAGAUGUUAUCUCUAUCUCCUUCAACCAGGAGUAA